AUGGGUUCCAUCAUUUGGGAUGAACAGCAUCAAUAUGCUGGUACUCAACCCUGGUGGAAAGCCGCAUCUUUUUACCAAGUCUACCCAGCUAGCUUCAAAGACUCCAACAGCGACGGUUGGGGAGACUUGCCUGGUCUGAUCUCCAAACUGGACUAUCUGAGCAAUUUAGGUAUUGAUGUUGUUUGGGUCUCUCCCAUUUUCGAAAGUCCUCAAAAAGACAUGGGAUAUGACGUGUCAGAUUACCAGAAGAUUUACCAACCAUACGGAAGCGUCGAAGAUGUCGAUAUCCUUAUUCUCCAAUGUCAUACAAGAGGGCUCAAGAUUAUCCUUGAUCUUGUCGUAAAUCAUACGUCAAUUGAACACGAGUGGUUCAAAGAAUCACGAUCCUCAAAGAAUAACCCGAAAAGAGACUGGUAUAUCUGGCAACCUGCGCGCUAUGAUAAAGACGGCGUUCGUCAACCCCCGACAAAUUGGAGGGGGUAUUUUGCCUGUUCUACGUGGACAUGGGAUGAGCAUACACAAGAAUACUAUCUUCACCUGUACGCCCCAGACCAGCCGGAUUUGAACUGGGAUAACGAAGAGUGUCGUGAAGCAAUCUACGAAAACACAAUGCGUUUCUGGCUUGAUCGUGGCGUCGACGGGUUUCGCAUCGAUACAGUCAAUAAGUAUUCAAAGCGAAAGGAUUUCGUCGAUGUCCCUGUGAUGGAUCCUUCGUCACCUCAUCAACCGGCACCUGAGAUGUGGUGUAACGGACCAAGAAUUCAUGAGUUUAUCCAUGAAAUGAAUGAGAAGGUACUCAGACCGUAUAACGCUGUGUCUGUGGGCGAGCUAUCCAAUACACCUCAUCCAUCACAGGUCAUACCUUAUGUAUCUGCUGCAGCAAAAGAGUUGGAUAUGGUAUUCGAGUUCUCUAUGAUCAGACUCGGUAACGGCAACGGCUUUGGUGACAAGUAUAUCUACCAACACUUCCCAUUAUCGAAGCUGAAGUCGUUUGUGGAACGGUGGCAGAGCUUCAUUGAGGGAACGGAUGCAUGGACAACAGUUUUCUGCGAGAACCAUGACAACGGAAGAACAGUCGAUCGUUUCGGUGACACAUCAUCGCGAGAAUGGUGGCUGAAAUCUGCAAAGACCAUAGCGAUGUGGCAAGCCACCCUCACAGGUACAUUGUUUCUCUACCAAGGUCAAGAGAUAGGCAUGACCAACAUGCCACGAUCCUGGGGAAUCGAAGAGUACAAGGACAUUGAAAGCAGCAACUUCUUCGCGGAAGCUGUGGCAUCGGGUAACGAGAAGAGAGUGAAGGAUACAAUGAAUGGACUGCAAAUCAUGGCGCGUGACCAUUCACGGAUUCCAUUCCAGUGGGAUGAUUCACCAAAUGCAGGGUUUGCAAGCGCAAAAGCGAAGCCAUGGAUGAGGGUUCAUGAUGAGUACCGCGAUAUCAACGUUGCCAGACAAAUCAAUGAUCCCGAUUCAAUUUUGAGCUUCUAUAAAGGGAUGUUACAACUGCGCAAGCAAUACCAAGAUCUUUUCGUCUUUGGUUCAUUCAAGCUUGUUGAUCUGGAAAAUGAGUCUCUGUUCGUUUAUCUGAAAGAGAGUGCUCUUUCUACCAAGGGUCGCAAUGGACAGAAGAGAAAAGCAUUGGUAAUUCUCAACAUGGGUAAAGAAGAACGUCUAGAACCCGAUGUCUGCACUUAUCUUAAGUGUUCAUUGAAUGAAGUUAAAUUGCUUUCGAGCACUGAGGCAAUGCCAGUUGACGUUCGAGGUAAAAAGAAAAAUUUAUCAGGCUGGGAGGGUAGACUCUAUUUGAAUUUUACUUAA